AAAUCCGUCAGAUGAAGAUGGCAAUGUCUGUGAUCCAAGCGUGCCGCAGCCUGGCUCUCUCAACAUGGCUGCUGUCCUUUUGUUUCGUGCAUCUGCUGUGCCUGGACUUCACCGUGGCCGAGAAGGAGGAGUGGUACACGGCCUUCGUCAACAUCACCUACGCCGACCCGGCUGCCGGCGGCGCCGAGCUCCGCAGCGAGAAGAGCGAGUGCGGGCGUUACGGCGAGCAGUCGCCCAAGCAGGACGCCCGCGGGCAGGUGGCUCUGUCCGCCUCCCCCUCCGACCGCUUCGCCUGCGACCCCGGCACCCGCUUCAACGCCCCGGCGCCGGGCAAGAGCUGGGUGGCCCUCAUCCCGCGGGGGAACUGCACCUACAAGGACAAGAUCCGGCACGCCGCCGCCCAGAACGCCUCCGCCGUGGUCAUCUACAACGUGGGCUCCAGCAACGCCAACGAGACCAUCACCAUGCCCCACGCAGGUCUAGAAGAUGUUGUAGCAAUAAUGAUUCCUGAACCCAAAGGAAAAGAGAUAGUGAGCCUCCUGGAGAGGAACAUUACUGUGAUGAUGUACAUAACCAUUGGGACCCGCAACUUGCAGAAGUAUGUCAGCCGGACCUCUGUGGUGUUUGUCUCCAUCUCCUUCAUCGUGCUGAUGAUCAUCUCACUGGCAUGGCUGGUCUUCUAUUACAUCCAGCGAUUCCGCUACGCAAAUGCCAGAGACAGGAAUCAGCGCCGGCUUGGAGAUGCUGCAAAGAAAGCAAUCAGCAAGCUGCAAGUCAGAACAAUCAGGAAAGGUGAUAAGGAAACUGAGCCAGACUUUGAUAACUGUGCUGUUUGUAUUGAAGGCUACAAGCCCAAUGAUGUUGUCAGAAUUUUGCCUUGCAGACACCUGUUCCACAAGUCCUGCGUAGACCCCUGGCUGCUAGACCAUCGUACCUGCCCGAUGUGUAAAAUGAAUAUUCUAAAAGCUCUUGGGAUCCCGCCAAACGCAGAUUGCAUGGAUGAUAUACCUCCAGACUUGGAAGCAUCUAUAGGAGGACCACCAACUAACCAGAUAACAGGAGCCAGCGAUAUAACAGUGAAUGAGAGCUCUGUAGCCCUGGAUCCCCCGGUGCGGACUGUGGGAGUACUACAAGUCAUCCAAGACGUAGACUCCUUUCCCCAGGUUGGGGAGGGUAACUUCACAACGAGCAAUGAACAGGAGCCAGCAGUCAGCAGUGAUUCAGAUAUUUCAUUGAUUAUGGCAAUGGAGGUUGGACUGUCUGAUGUGGAGCUUUCCACUGAUCAAGACUGCGAAGAGGUGAAGUCUUGAAAAACAAACAAAGAUCCAACACUAAAGUACAGGGGAGGGUCACAGGGAGGGACCGAGUCAGCUUUCUAGGAUUUGGACCAGUCAUGCACAUGCCUCCAGAGCACUGUCACUCCUGCACACUCCAUUCCAAGAUGGUCACGAAAAGCAAUAGCAACAGUUGUAUCUGCCUGGAUGUGAUUUCGUCAUCUACAUACGUUCAUUUUGUUCACAUGGAAGAGGAACGCUUCCAGUUUACUCAUGCUUGAGAGCAGUCAUGUAACUCUUCAGUGGCUCGUAAAUACACAACUGAAAUGACAGCUUGAGUGUUUUGUACACUUGUUGAUUGGGGGUUUGUUUCUUUUUUUUUUUUUGAAAAGAGGUAUGUUCGUUACAUUUGUUUGUUUGUUUAUGGUUUGUUAUGGAUGGACACUCUGUUUUUGUUGACUGACCCCAGCUUUUUCAAGAGUUCAAUCCAGAAAUAUGAAUUCCCGUUCACUGGUCACUUCACAAUCUGAGUCCAGGAUUUAUCAUUGCCUUGUUGUUUCUGCAUGAAGUACACAUGGCUUCAGAAGGAUGGUGCACUAGUACCCUGCAUUAAUGUGAAGCCAGGUUUCAUUAAGUGGGAGCUUGGAAAUGGUGUAUUCUGAAGGCCUGUAUUUGUGAGAGAGCUCUGAAUUAACAGAGGUUGCUGAGAUUUGGGUUAAAACUGCGUUAUAUUGGCGUUUACUUAGUGCUCUGUUCUAUACAAAUAUCAUACAGUGUGAAGGAGAGAAAGAAAAGCUUAAAGCUUCACUCCAUCCUUGUAGUCCUUUGCUGUAUUUUAUGCUAUUAGCAGAUGUCAGUAUAAUUAAUGGCUUUCCUUCAAAUCACAGUUCAGUAACUGGAAAAGAAGAUCUAAUAUAACAUCAUGUCUUUUCCUAAUAUUACAGACCAAAAUCUGAGCAUUAGGCUAAAGGAGUGUGAGAGGUUUCCAGAGGCUGCUUGUUAACAUCUGUGGAUUAUGUGGUUGAAAAGAAUAUUCUUAAAAAGGGUGUGGAGAUCCUGGUGUCAGUGUCAGAAGUUGCUAACAAAGCAGGAGGCAGCUGGUUGAAACGUUUCCUUCCUUGUUUGUUUUUGAUUUUUAUUUAGUGUGUUUCACUUCUUAUGUUUUGACAGCAAUUUUUUCCUGCUUCUGAUUGAACACAAGAGUUCAGGUGUUUGCUGCUCUCCAGAGUCCCUGUCAACAUUGUUCCAAGCAUAAUGGAAUACUUGCAGUUUCUGUAUAGAGAUAUAUAUACACACCAAAAUAUUUUGGGUAGAAGUGAGGAAAUUUGAAAAUGAAGAGAACUAACAUAAAUCAAAACAGCUAAAUAAAUAUGACCUGUUAUGAUUAUUUAGUUCAUCCUGACCUCUGCUUUCCAGAGGAAAGCUUAUUGUUACUGGUUCAGUGUGCAAUUCUAUUUUUCAGUGAAAAUACUCAACUGUGAAGAAGCAUUUUUAGCUUACUGUUAUACAAGAGUAAAUGGUUUCUGUUGACAGUCAGAUGAUUUGAAUCACAUUACUGCCUCCUGAGUAAGUCCAUAGAAUCCAACAAUUCAUCUUACAUUGAAAUUUCAUGGAGAGGUCAAACAUUUUGACUUGGUGGUGUCACAGCAGCAUCUCAAAAUACAACUUAUUAGGUUUCUUGCUGCACUUAAUCUCCUUGUGAAUUUACUCAUUAGUUGUAGAAGCCAGCUCUCAGUGAAAAUUCCAUUUGUCAGAUGUUAUUCAGCAGCAAAAGUGUUUAAAACUAUCCGUGAAAUUUUGGUCAACUUGUUUCUUUAGUACAGGAAGAAGGAAAAAAUAUACUCUGUGCUUUCCAGUCCUGCUAGUACUCAGCUCAUUUCAUUGCCUGAUUUUUUUGAUGUUCUUAGUCCCUAAAUUGCAGAGUAACUUUGAGGCAAAGGGGCACAGCCUAGUAAUCCUUCAAAACCAUGAUCCGGAAAUGCGCCGUUACAUUUUCAUAAGCCAUUCAAAAGGACAUCUCUUUUUAAUUAAAGAGGUACAGGCUGCUAGACAUCUGCUUGGUUCAAAAAGAAAGUUAGAGUUCAUUUGAGAGGGCACAGCUAGGUCAGUCUUGCCAAUAUUUGUGGUUCUCUAAUCAUAUUUUCCUUAUUCUUUAAUGUCUUCUCUAUUCCUUGCUUCAAUGGGAAAGGCCCACGGUGUCAUGGGAACCAAUGCUGACGUUCACCCCUACACAAGGGAGUUUGCACAAGGUACUGCAUCAGCUCCACUUAAGCUCUGGAAAUAAUGCUGAAAUGGGAUUUAAGUACAGAUUGCACCAAAUACUGGCCCUUCACACAGGAAUUAAAUUCAUCUCAAAUGACUGCAUGGGAAAGAGUGAAGCUGGUUAUACACAGUCAGGUCUCUCUAUGGAAAGUACAUGCACUGGUACAAUUUCUCCUCUAACACUGGAGCCUGGGUGCUACAUGUGACAGAAACAUCACAAACACAAUGUCUGAGUUGUCAGCAAUCCUUUAACAUCUGCCCACUGCAACCCAUCACGCAGACAAAAAUCUGGCUGAAUUGUUUGUGUUCCAGAAGAGCUGUUGCAGAGUCUUAAUUUCAUUUCACAAUCUCGAUUAAGUUAAUCUCAAUGGAUAGAUUGACCACUUGUCUGUUGCCAUAGUGGAGUCACCCACAGCACAGCAGAGCAAGCGAGGUCGGUGAAGAAGCAAGGCAGGAGGUGAAAUUCCCACCUGAUACUGAACUGGGUCCUUCUCACAACAAAAUCAUUAAGGGGAGCAGUGCUUAAGAGGGCAUCACGUAGAUGGUAACUGGGACCCUGCCCAUAUUGCUAGGAGAUGGGAAGGAUUUCAGAGAAGGAUCGCACUGUGCAUCCUUUUUUCUGAAGUAUCCUGUACCAGAUGUGGUUCCUCAGGGUCCAGAGCUGAGGCAGGAUCCUAGGCUAGGUGAGAAGUUUUUACAUGUCACUAUACUGUGGCCUUUCACUUUCAAAAGAGGCAUCCUAGCAAAUCUGGGUUGAGUGUCUUUCUGCUUUUGUUUUCCCAGUUCAACCUGCAUUUUCACUCAGGAAACAUGUUUUCCCAUCCCUGUCCUCCAGUUCUUUACAGCUCAGAGCACCUUUAAGGGAUAAUGAGUGCAAAGCUAGGUUGCGCAUCACUGAAGCCAGAACUUAGGAAAGCACUUAAGUAAAUGGUUUAUUCCGUCCUUCUUCAGAAAAGCACUUAGGACUAAUUUUGGACUUGUACCUAAAUCAUCUUAUUUUCAACAGGUCUUCUAUGAGCAUAAUUAAGCCCCUGUGUCAAGUGGAUAUGUUUUCCUAAAGCAGGACCCAGCUGACAAUAUUCUUUGUAUAUAUAACCUGUGAAAUGCCUUGGGAAUUAGAGGUGCUUCAUAAAUAUUCAGCCCCCCAGAGGUAUGUUUGUAACACGUAUGAAAGCCUUAAUUCUGCAGAUCUGCAUGCCCAUGCACAUUUUUUGCUUACAUGAGUCUCUCCACUGGGAUUCCUCACAAGGUAAAAUUAAACCUUCCAGUUUGCAGCUUUGGGCAAGAUUAGUCCCAUCCUGAGCGUUGUGUGAGUUCUCGGGACUGCUGCCCACUAAGCCUGAGCUCUGACUUUAAAUAUGUGGGAUUCAGAUGCCAGAGAGGCAGCACUGCCUCUUCAGAAGGGAAAGCAGCCUUUAAGCAUGCAGCCAGGAAAAAACAAAAUCCUCUGGUGCCCUCUGACGAACAAAUGCUCAUGCACACAAUUCUGCAGGCUCAGAGGAGCACCUCCUGCGCAGGGCCAGCAGCCAGAGGAUGGUGCAGCUCUCUGAGAAAGGCGCUCUUGUCGUUCAGCUGAUCUUGUGUCUCUCUGAGCUCUUCCUGUUCGGUCAUCUGAGGCUCUCUUCUCGGAGUGAGUAGUAGGUUGGAAAAGCAUUCGACUGGUGAGGCUUGUCUUCGCUUGGGCUGGGUUGCAGGAUGAAACUUGGACAGACAGAGACUGCGCUGUGAGUUUCCUUUGAUUUUCAUGGAUUUCACUAAACUGCCUUCCCAAAGGCCUGUUCAAUAGGUAGGACACAUAUAACAAGUUAUAUGGGCAGAAUUUUGCACUCACAAAUGACCUAAUGUUUGUGUGCAGGUGCGCAAGGCACAGGCUCUGCAGCUCUUCCCCAUGGCUCACCCAUUCCGAAAGGAUACAGAUCUGGCACUUGCUGAGAGUUUGGGUUGUUUUUUUUUAUUUUCUGACUGCUUUAGAGCCUCAAAACCAGGAUCAGGACAAUCGUAGCACUGAGGUUUGUUCUUCAAGCAUCCUAUAGCACUAAGCUGCCAUGUGCACAUAUAAAAGUACAUUGAUAUGACUAUGGUAACUAUUUUUAGUGAAAGCAGAAGCAGCUGCCAGUUUUAAACUUUAUAUAUGAAGGAGGUUGUGGCACUAAAGAAAUAGGCUUUAUAGAGGCAACUUGAAAAAUAAAUUUAUUAAAAUCACAUAUGGUGAGAGGUCCCUUGGAUCUCCCUACCUUAAUGACCCCUGGAUCAGAUCCAGAGGAAGUCAUUGCAAGAAGGGCACUACUUUGUCUGUUGUUGCGUGACUCGUUAGUGGUACAUUCUGACAAAAGGAACCCAAGCACCAAAGGCAGAUCCAGCUCGGAUUUUAAUCUUUCUCAAAUAAUAUAUGUUUGUGAUCCAAAGUUUCUGUUGUCAGACCUGUUAACCCAGCCUCAUAUUUCCUUGAUAAAUAAAAAAAUAUAAAUGCUUGUCCAAUUUGAAAAAUAUCUAGCUCAGAAGACUUUUGCAUAUUGAUGGACUGCCCUGGCAGGUAUCUGCACAUCAGUUAGCACUUCUUUGGGCUUUUAGUCAUCAGUACAACACACAGAUUUUUUUUUAUUUGCUGUUCUUGUUUAACCUGAAAGUUCAGCCAUCAUACAAGUUUUCCAGAGUUUUGCUUUACAGGCUUUUCUCUUUGAAUAAAUGCUACAGCCCUUUGAGCGAAUUCUGUGAUUAAAAGGCAAAGAUUGGGGCAUAACACUUUAUAUAUCAUCUGUGAUAUAUAUAUCAUCUCUGAUAUAUAUAUCAUCUCUGAUGAUAUAUAGCCCUUAGUUGUGGCAAUUGGUCCAUACUGAAGUGAUGAUAUAGGUUAUGUGUAAUCAAUGGGAAAUGUCUUUCGGCCCAGGCAGUUGGGGGUCUCUCAGGCUUUGUUUGUAAAAGGCUCAUUCCUUUGUGGUCUCUGUCUGGAGAAAAGCUCAUGACUAAGUAUAUAGUCUGAAAUAAGCCAAGAAUGGGACUUUGUAGUCUGUGCAUACCAAGAAAACCAAUAGUCAAUUAUUGAUUUUUAUUUGUUAGCAAUAAUGGACUUUUGUAGCCAUUCGUUGUUCUUUUUAGAUCGCUGUUGCAGGGCCAAAGUUACCAGUCUGCUAGGAAUAGGAGCCAGGACAAGCUGACUCUUUAAACAGAAGAGGGAGGGCUUGGUUUGCUGUUGGGAUGCAUCCAUUUCAUGGUUCAAAAAUAGCAGAGAAAUCCAGCCUGUUCCUUCCCAGCCCCGCUCUCCAAUGUUUGCUCUAGUAGGAGCCUUUGUUGCAGGGGAAAGAGAUCAUGGGAUCAAACUAGCGCUGUGCCUCUUCCUCUCUUGCAUUUUGUGCUGCCUGUAUCUCCUGCAGCAGGUUGGACCACUCUGGAUCAGCACGGGCGAAAGAAGGCAGACGAAGCUCAGCUUAAGGGCUUAAGGAAGGAUAGGCCAAAGGGCUUCCGCACAUUCGUAACCAGUGCUGACCAGGAUUGCUGCUUCGUUGACACUGAGCAUUGUCUCGUUAGUUUUAUAGGUGCAAAAUGUGUGAGUAUACAUGGGGCAACCAGCGUGACAGAAAUUAAUUGGCUCGGUUAACACAAGCAGUGAAAAACAAUGUCAUCAGAUCUUUUAGGGGUAAGGGAAGAUGAGGGCGGACGUGGUGUUUUAGCAGACUUUUUAAAUAGGGACAAUUGAUCCAAAACAAGCACUUCUUUUAUUUUAUUUUACCAAGCUGUUACCUGAACUAAUUGAUAGUUUUGCAGUUGAAAGAGGAACACCAGAUGGACUUCUUAGUCUGGAUUUGUUAGCGUAGCAGAUGGCAGCUGCCGGUUGGGAUGGCGAGCAAGGGAGAAGGCUGCCCUCUGCCGCAGAGCUUCCCCCGCCGGGCUGGAAACCCACUCAGCUCCUUCCUCUUCUUUGGCACUUCUUUGUCAAGAAAAAAAACCUUCUGAGCAGGAGUUGUAUUUCAAAGGGAGAAACAGACAUGACAGAUGAAUGAAAGACAUGUAUUUUGAAUGAAAAGCCAAUGAAUGAGUUUUCCAUCUGAAGUUAAUCUUGCCUCUCUCAACUAUUUUAGUUGUGAAUUUGUGGAAUUUAUUUCUUUCUGGAGUGAAUGCAAUAAAAACAAAAAGGAGAGGAAAAAAAAGUUUUCCCUUUUUUGUUUAUUUCCAGAUUCUUUAGUCCUGUGUAGCAUUAAAAACAAUAGCAAGAUGCUUGUUUGCUCUGAAUGUAUACAGUUAUUUCAGAUGUCAAAUACCUAAAUGUUUUGUAUGUGUACAUAAAUACUAUCCUUACUUCUUGUUUCAUGUUAGGAACCUGAAAUGACUGUACCAUUUUAUAAUUAGAAAUGUAAAGAGGGGACAGUGGGUGGGAGGGUCUGUUAUUUUUAUAGCAAGAUGUUCCUUGUAUUUAGUGAACAUUUAAAAUGGUUUUGUACUUGUCAAACUCUACAUUCCAUCCAUUUCCAGAAGAGAAUUAUUUUUAUUUAGAGUAGUUUAUAAGCAAACCAAAAAAAAAUGUGGCAUCCCAUUUAUACGCAGUUCAUGAAAAGAGCAGAAGUGUCCUGGUGUCCAGUUGUGACUCCAAAGCUUUUUCCAGCCAUGUCUCUUCUCACACACUGCAGAGCCCUACCAGCAAAUACCAAUGUUAAAAAGGGAAGAAAAAUCCCAAACAAAAUAAAUACUAUACGGAUCAGUGCACAGCUUGCUGAAAUAACUUCCAGUUUGGAGACAAUAGUCUGUCCCAGUGAAAUUUUCCAAGGUAAUCAGUUGUGCUCUGGACAGCAGGGGUGGAUUUACUGGGAGGCCUUCAGCCCUGCUGUCCCCCUGCCCACAGCAAGCUGGGGGGGACAGGGCUGUCACAUCCCACACUGCAUCUCUGCUUGUGCUGCGUUUCCCUCAGGAUGGGAGCCUGGUUUUGACUGAAGUUGUUUGCUGGUAAGGCAGUUGGUUUCUGCAGGCUGGCCACAUUGUGUUUCUUUUGACUCUGGAAACAACCCUUCAUCUCCACAUUCAACACAGAGUUCCUUUCCGCAGAUAGCUGCGCUUUGGAUUGUGAAACAGCUGGCGAAGCACCAUGGCAAAAUCACACAGUGGCAUUUGCAUAGGUGGUUCUUUUUCUUGUAGUGAGCUUUUUUUUACCCCUGCUACCUGUGACUUGCUGCCAAAACAGUGCAGUAGCAGUUUGUGAAGCGAACCUUUUUUUUCUAGCGUUACUUUCUGUACAGUAUUGCAAAUAUACUUUAACUCUUUGCUGAUAUUUUAUAAUGUAUACAUCUUCCCCUCCAAUGCACUUUAUCUCUCUUGAAAAAUGUGGGAGUCGGAGAACGACCAUCUUAAAGGGAUUUGCCUGAAAUCAUGAGGCACACAGUUUUUAUUUCUUUUCCUUCUUGCUUUGUUAUAUACUGUAAAUGCGAAAGAGCAUGGACAGUGACUCAGCUGGGGGAAGUACAGAAAUGUUGAGGCUAAUAUUUGGAAGCAUUAUUCAAUAGUACAACACGGCUAUUUUUGUUAUAUAGAAGAUUAUAAUGUAAAUAUGUGAGACUGUGUUAUUAUGUACUAGUAAAAUAUUGCAACUCUCAAACUUAAGAUGGUGAAUUCCAAGGAAUUUUAUUGCAAGUUUUUUAAUAAAAUGAAUCAGAUUACUGUGUCG